AGCAACAUGUGGACCGGAUUGAACGACCUGGCGCUUCCCGGCAUGUUCGUGUGGUCGGACCGCCAGAAGGUGACCUUCACCCACUGGGUCGCAGGAGAACCCAACCAGCGAGUUGGCCUCGGCAAGCACUGCGUGGCUCUGUUACGGCAGACUGGAAGAUGGGAGCUAAUGUCUUGCGCCCAAGUCAACAGCUUCAUGUGCAAGAUGCCCACAGUGCGCUUUCCAAUGACCUCAUUGAAGCCACAGGUAGCACAGUAGAUCAUCCACCUUGGUGACAGCCUCGCUGUGUCAGUUCCCAAUGGCUCAAGACCAAUCGAUGCCCAUGGAGAAAUUUGACAAUGGCGCCCCCCAAGCAAGUCAUCGAAGAAGAAGAUUUAAUGCCCUCCCAAAAUUGUAAUCAGAACACAUCUGCAUAAGUGUGUAGCAUUUAGCUUAGCCGUUAUUAGCCAACUCGAUGACGUGUCCGGAUGAAAUGU